AAUCAAACUAUUCCUUGUAACCUGUCUGGUCCCUGUCCCUGUUUCUGCCUUUCUCUCAUCCUUGAUUAAUGUGAUGAUGGAAGGAUCGGCUCUCAUGCCAUGGCUAGGGCUGGGCCAAAUUUCGUACCCACUUUUACUGAUGUCUUUCCCUGGAUACAUUUUCAUAUCCGAAGUGGGGCGCGGACAGCUGGGAACGUGGAAGCCCACAUGCCGGGAAAAACGGGAAACGGGAUACAUGCUACAAAGUAAUAUGGAUGAGACGAGAUGAGACACUAAGUCAGUCCACUUGGUAGAUUGUUAGUAGAUCUGUCUGUCCGAGGUGGAGUUUUGUGCUAUACUGUUUAUGGGUGGACAUGCGAGGUGUAGAGUAUUGUGUAGAAGGGAAUGAAUAGUGUGUGUUGGAGAUAGAUGGAUGGUGUUCUCGGCUAAGCGUGGAAGGGGAGGAAGGAUAGCCAUGGGUCAGUUCAGUCAGGGUUCGGAAAUGAAGGGGAGAAUGAGGGAUCCGGUGGUGGUGAACCUUUGGGUGGUAAGGCGAACGGUGGAUGGAAGCACAUGGUUGAUGGGUUCGAUGGGUUCUAGAAUUUGGGGUGUGUGGUUCUUUCGAUUGUUCAUUUGGUUGUUAUGCUGGGGGUGGGUGGUAUAGCUGGUUAGCUGUGCAGUGGUCUGUUCAUUCUGUGCUAGUCUUUCCCCUCUUUACUCCCGGGUUCAGUUGUUGGAUAACU